GGUCGGAGGACGGGCGGGGUGGGGGCGCCAUGUGGUUCAUGUACGUGCUGAGCUGGCUGUCGCUCUUCAUCCAAGUGGCCUUCAUCACGCUGGCCGUCGCGGCUGGACUCUAUUACCUGGCAGAAUUGAUAGAAGAAUACACAGUGGCCACCAGCAGGAUCAUAAAAUACAUGAUCUGGUUCUCCACAGCUGUGCUGAUUGGCCUCUACGUCUUUGAGCGCUUCCCCACCAGCAUGAUUGGCGUGGGCCUCUUCACCAACCUCGUCUACUUUGGCCUCCUCCAGACCUUCCCCUUCAUCAUGCUGACCUCGCCUAACUUCAUCCUGUCAUGCGGUCUAGUGGUGGUGAAUCAUUACCUAGCAUUUCAGUUUUUUGCAGAAGAAUAUUAUCCUUUCUCAGAGGUCCUGGCCUAUUUCACUUUCUGCCUGUGGAUAAUCCCGUUUGCGUUCUUUGUGUCACUUUCGGCUGGGGAGAACGUCCUGCCCUCCACCAUGCAGCCAGGAGAUGACGUGGUCUCCAAUUAUUUCACCAAAGGCAAGCGGGGCAAACGCUUAGGGAUCCUGGUUGUCUUCUCCUUCAUCAAAGAGGCCAUUCUGCCCAGUCGUCAGAAGAUAUACUGAACCUCUUGGGAGGGAAUGUGGGGGCAAGAUCAGGAGAGUCAGGCCCCUGGGCCUCAGUGCUAGGUGGGGGCCGGGAGCCUCUAAGGCACCUUCCACCAGCCCUGGCUUUCUUCCCCUUGACUCUGAGGCCUCAUCCCCACCCUCCUCAGGGGUCUCAGCUUGGCUCGGAUCUGACACUGCUAGAGGCUGUAACCUCAGGGGGCACUCCAGAGGGUGGCAGAGCCUGCUUAGCCAGGAGGUUGAGGUCCCCCAGCCCUUCCCUCUCCCUUCCAAGGUGAGUUGGGAGGUUCUGGCUCAGCUGGAGCAGGUAGGGCAGGGUCUAUGAUGCUGGAGAGCAGACAGUGAUAAUUCUCUGGGCAGAUGGCCAUGGCUUGGCACUUCCAAAAGAAAUAGUUUUUGCUGUUGAACUGUGAUUUCUGUCCAAGUGCUGAUUCCCAUUUGAAUAAAGAUUCUAGGUGGCACUGUUUGCCUUAAUA